AUGACUAUCCUCGUGCUAGGUGGCCGCGGCAAAACAGCUAGUCGUCUCUCCUUGUUGCUGCACAACGCUGGAGUCCCCUUCCUGGUCGGAUCCAGUUCAACCUCCCCUGUCGGUCCCUACAAGAUGACGCACUUUGACUGGCUCAAUGAAGAUACCUGGACAAAUGGGUUCCUGCGCGCAUCCCUAGACGGCAUGGACCCAAUCUCCGCCGUCUACCUAGUGGGAGGUCACGCACCGGAGUUGGUUGAUCCGGGGCUUCGAUUUAUCAAUUUCGCUCGGGCUCGGGGUGUCAACCGCUUCGUCCUCCUCAGUGCCAGUAAUGUAGACAAGGGAACCCACUCUAUGGGCAUUCUUCACGCACAUCUCGAUACUCUCGAGGAUGUGCAAUAUGUGGUCUUGAGGCCGACCUGGUUCAUGGAGAACCUCCUGGAGGAUCCACAUCUCGGCUGGAUCAAGGAGGAGGACAAGAUCUACUCUGCUACCGGGGAUGGCAAGAUCCCGUUCAUCUCUGCCGACGAUAUUGCACGAGUUGCGUUUUCUAUACUCACAGACUGGAAGCCACAAAGAGCGCAGGAGUAUUUUGUUGCAGGCCCGGACUUGCUUUCUUAUGAUCGGAUAGCGGAUAUCCUCACGACAGUUCUGGGCCGAAAGAUAACCCAUGUCGGUCUCGCCGAGGCAGACUUAGCUCGGCUUCUAAGGGAUGACGUUGGUCUGCCGCCCGAUUUCGCGGCCAUGCUCGCUUCGAUGGAGACAGAUGUUAAGCACGGCGCAGAGGAGCGCGAUAGCCACGAUGUGAAGAAGAUGACCGGAAGUUCGCCACGUAGCUUCUUGGACUUUGCAGAGAAGGAGAAGACGCGCUGGAUGGAGCGUUGA